AGGAUACUUCUGCUAUGCAACUACUGAAUAGGGUCUCGUUGGAUUCCUUCACUCCUCUAUAAGUAUAACAUUUUAAAAAAUGGUUGUACACAGUUAUCUAUUAGCUUGGAGUUACCUCCAUUGGAUUAAACUUUUGUGAAUGUGUUACAAUUUUAAAGUUAUGAUUGAACACUCGCAUGUGAGAUUGGUUUUUGUGUAAAGUGUUUUCUGCGACGCAAAAUUUAGAAUGAAUUUUAUGUUUGCUUGAAGGUAUAAGAAUAUUUUUAGGUAAGAGAGAUUAUGUUGUGACAUUUGCUAAAAUACCAAUUAGUCACAUUCGCGAGAAAGAAAUGGUUUUUCGAUCUUUUUCUUUUGAUACAAUGCACAGUUAUCCGUACUUGGAAUAUUUUUGUUCUAUAUUUUAAAGACUUAAAUUUGAUUGGCUGUUGAAAGAACUUUAAUGGCGGCAUUGACACUUUGAAAAGUAAAAUGUAUGUUCAGGGCAAAUAGUUUUAUUCGAUGUGUCUGGAUUAGGCAAUACUAAUAAUACAAUAUUUGAUGUGUCUGGAUUAGGCAAUAAUAAUAAUAAAAUAUUUGAUGUGUCUGGAUUAGGCAAUAAUAAUAAUAAAAUAUUUGAUGUGUCUGGAUUAGGCAAUACUAAUAAUACAAUAUUUGAUGUGUCUGGAUUAGGCAAUAAUAAUAAUAAAAUAUUUGAUGUGUCUGGAUUAGGCAAUAAUAAUAAUAAAAUAUUUGAUGUGUCUGGAUUAGGCAAUAAUAAUAAUAAAAUAUUUGAUGUGUCUAGGUUUGGAAAUAAUAAUAAUAAAAUAUUUGAUGUGUCUAGGUUUGGCAAUAAUAUUAUUUAAAAAAUGUAUGUGUCUGGAUUCGGCAAUAAUAAUAAUAAAAUAUUUGAUGUGUCUAGGUUUGGCAAUAAUAUUAUUUAAAAAAUGUAUGUGUCUGGAUUCGGCAAUAAUAAUAUAAAAUAUUUGAUGUGUCUGGAUUCGGUAAAAAUAAUAUUAAAUUUGAUCUGAAAAUAUAAUUGAAGCAAUUAAAAAUGUAAAGAAAAAGUAAUUGUAAUAUUCAUCUAGGCCCUACAGACCAUUGGUGGAGACUAGAGUAGGCCCUAUAGACCAGGGAUGGGAAGUAGUAGCUGCUUCCUCUGCCCUCCUGUGUAGACGCCCCUGGUCCAGGGCUGCAAAGAAGACAACGUCGGGAGCAAAGAAUGUUAAAUGAUGUAUGCACGUAUUUCAGAAAUAUGUAGUGGUUACAUAUUAUGCAUAUGUGUACAUAGGUUGUUAGCGAAUUUGGUACAUAGGUUGUUAGUGAGAUCGGUACAUCGGUUUAUAGGAAUAUGUGUACACAUGAUGAUAGUGAUAAGUGUAACUAGGCUGUUAGUGACAUAUGUUCAUAGGUUGUUAUGUACAUAUAGGCUAUUAGUGAUAUGUGUACAUAGUUCACAGAGACAUGCUAGUAACUAUUCCAACAAAAGACAUUGGAAUGUUAUUGAUCAAAAUACCUAGCUCCUAGCGUUUUAAUUUUAAAAGUAGGUGUUACCGGGGGCGUCUAUCCCCCACCCCUGAGUGGUUGAAGCCAUACUCCCGCGCCCCCCCCCCAUGGACCUUGAUCAGUUAUGCAAAUAUUGGCUUGCAGUUUUCCUUUCAGACAAUGUUUUCAAGGUAGUGGGGGGGAGGGGGUGAAGGGAAAUAAGAUGUUCAGGUGGGAACUGCCAGGGGCGUUGGCAGGGGCGGAGGGGAACCCCUUUUUCUAUUUAUUGAAGGGAAGCAUGUUUGGCUGACUGCUGAUGACGGGGGGUGGGGGUAGCAAAUCUCUUUCUUCGCCUGCUAUGCAUAUUUUAGAUCCACUCUUCCACACGCAAGGGAUGCGACACCCAACCCAUGCCAGGAUUACAGGCCACCUUGCUUCUAUAAAAUUGUAUAAGGAUCCUUUUUGUCUAAAGCAAUGUGUACCAAGUAAUUUUGAUCUCAUGAAAUGAUGGGGGGAAAACAACUACGCUAACUGUAAACUUCAUCAAAAAAAUUUUUUUUCUCCAUUGUACACUCGCACAUUCCAUUAAAAAGCGUUUUUUUUUUUUAAAUUUCUGUUGAACAAACUUCCGUACGAAUAGCAUUUUUCCGUACUAACAGCAUUCUUCCGUAUGAAUAGCAUUAUCUCGUACAAAUUGGUUUCGAAUAAGUAAGUUUCAUACUAAUUUACGGUAACCCUAUAAAAUAGGGUCAAGUGUCACGUUGCUUCUAUUUAAUAAGAUCGCUACCCAAACACGUUUGGUAAUCUGUGAUAAAGAUAUUAGACAACGAUUGGGUAUUUAAUAGUUUUCUACCAUCUCUGUUUCCCCAGUUAAACCUUGACUUUGCGCCCGCCACCAUCAUGAACUUCAUGCCACAGGUCAGUUUGGGCAGUACGCGAAAUUUAAACCACGCCUAUGGUCACACGGCACAGCUGACGAGGAGAAACACGGCGAUCGACUUCAACAGGCUGGGACUUGCGGACUACGACACCAACGUGCCGGAGACCAUCCCCCUUGGAGAAUUUCAUCGUCGCCGACACAGUCUUCCACGCAACGCUUUUAAUUUGCUGAAGCAACAUUCCCCCCUUUUGCACCGAGAUGAACCACCUGACCUAGACUCCGCCCGGAAGCACGAGUCUGAUGGAGAAGACGACUCCCUGGUGCAUCAUCCCCUCCUCGCUAUUAAGAACUUCCUCCACGCUGAUGAAAACGACAAUGACAGGGCGUCGUCAUACGGUAAGUCCUUGAUGGAAACUCUCCCUGAGAAACACGACUGCAGUGUUGAAGGUUGUCAGCGAGUCACCAUCAACGUCAGUGGUUUAAAGUUUGAAACUCAGCUCCGCUCUCUCAACCGCUUCCCCAAAACUCUGCUGGGAAACCCGGAAAAACGGAAGAAAUUCUGGGACGAGAGACGCAAAGAGUAUUUCUUGGACCGCCACCGUCCGACCUUUCAGGCGGUGUUGUAUUACUACCAGAGUGGAGGCAGAUUGAACAAACCGCUGGAGGUACCCAUCGACGUCUUCCUCAGCGAACUUUACUUCUAUGAACUGGGUGAGGCAGUCAUUGAUGGGUUUAAGGGAACGGAAGGAAUUCAGAUUGACAGCUCGGUGAAAAUUCUUCCGGAAACUUACUGGGCGAGAAAGAUUUUCCUCACCAUGGAGUACACGGAACAUUCCAAAGCCUCGCGCAUUUACGCCCUCAUCUCUGUGAUCAUGAUUCUGACAUCGGUGGUGACGUUCUGUGUGGAGACAUUGCCCCAGUUUAAGGACGACGGCUGUAAGAACACCAGUGUCCUGGACGUGGCGGGCAACUGGACAGAUACCACCAUGGUGGACUGGGCGGGCCCACUGUUUGUUGUUGAAAGCUGCUGUGUGUUUUUCUUCGCUGGCGAAUUGGCCAUCAGAUUUCUGGUCAGUCCCGACAAAGGGAAAUUUUUAAAAACAGUCAUCAAUUGGAUUGACCUGUUAUCGAUAGCGCCCUACUUUAUUAUCAUCAGUAAGUUUUCUAUCUGGAAACUUUAACAGUGUUAACCCAUUUUAUUUUCUUCAUAGGAUGUAGGGUGUGGGGUGGAAUCUAGGGUGUGGGGAUGAAACUAGGGUGUGAGGUGGAGUCGAGGGUGUAGGGGGUGGAAUCUAGGGUGUGGGUUGGAAUCGAGGAUGUAAGGUGGAAUCGAGGGUGUUGUGAUGGAAUCGAUGGUGUUGGUUGGAAACUAGGGUGUGGGAUGGAAUCGAGGGUGUUGUGGUGGAAUCGAGGGUGUUGUGGUGGAAUCGAGGGUGUUGUGGUGGAAUCGAGGGUGUUGUGGUUGAAUCGAGGGUGUUGUGGUGGAAUCGAGGGUGUUGUGGUGGAAUCUAGGGUGUUGUGGUGGAAUCGAGGGUGUUGUGGUGGAAUCUAGGGUGUAGCUGUGGAAUCUAGGGUAUGGGUUGGAAUCGAGGGUAGGGAUGGGUGAAUGAUUUUCUUUGUUUCAAUGAUUUCCUCAACUUUUUUUUUUAAUGUCUUCAAAUUUUGUUUGAUUGCUUAGAUUGUUUGUGCUCUAGAGAUCUGACUUAACUCAACGGCAAUUCAAUAAUGUACCAUGAAACAGAUUUUUAAUAAUAAAGAUUUUUUUAGGAUGGAGCUCUUGAACUUUAUCCUCAACCACUGGCAGUGAAUAACUUAGCUCCUUCGUCUAUACAUAUUGGUUAAGAAUUCAGUUUAUUUUUCCUAUUUGACCAAAAAAAAAAUUACAGCAACGAAUAGUUAGUUUCACUAUUCUAUCUUCCACAUGACAGCCAUGAACACAAUCAAUGGAGAGUGUGGGGGCAAGCACAAGACUGGUUCAUUUCUCAGUGUCCUCAGAGUACUGCGUGUCGUUAGGAUCCUGAAGCUCAGUAAACAUUCUCAUGGUCUCAAGAUACUCGGCAAGACUCUCCAAACCAGCUUCCGGGAACUGACCAUGUUCCUCCUGUUCCUCUGCAUCGCCACUGUCAUCUUCUCCGGCGCCAUAUUUUAUGUCGAGUUGGGCAACCCUGAGGGCAUGUUUGUGUCCAUUCCCGACGCCUUCUGGUGGGCAAUCGUAACCAUGACAACGGUAGGCUACGGGGACUAUGUACCUGUCGGACCACUGGGCAAGUUGGUUGGCGGGCUGUGUGUUCUGUCCGGCGUUUUGGUCAUUGCUCUGCCAGUCCCUGUCAUAGUGGCCAACUUUAAUAACUACUACAGGCAUUAUACAAGUAAGUUUUAUCAGUAGGUAUCUAUGUAACUAUUUAUUGUUUACAAAAUGGACAAAGAUAUUGCCAUACAUUGACUAUAAAUAAAAAAUAUGGAACAACCUUAUAAUUUUAUUUUUUUUUAAACUUCUCGAAUUGAAAAUUAUUUAUUAUAGUUGAUCAGUUAAAUGUUUAUAUUUAUAAUUUAUCUAUUGAUAGUUGAAAAGUUUGUUGAAAAGUGUAAAGUUGAUAUUUACAUAUUUAUAUUUUAACAGUUUGAUGUUGAUAUUUAUAAUUUAUUUAUUUAUAGGUGAAAAGUUUAAUGUGGAUACAAAAUAUAUAUUACAUAUUAAUUAUUUAAAGUUGAAGAGUUUAAUAUUGAUAUUUACACAUGUUAUUUUACUUAUAUUUUUUUAUAUUAUUUCAUCUUUAGAAUUAAUUCCCUGUUGACACAUUUUAUUUUCCAAAGUACUUCGAGAGAAUGAGAUUGACGUCAUCACUAAAGAAGACGUGUCUAAACCGUCCAGCCAGGUCAUUCACCUCUUGGGAUUAGUUGCCAAGGUAAUCACAUGUCUCAUUGCCCAAUGUUGUUUUUAAUUGAUACGAAUCUCUAUGGCAACGAAAUCUAACCCUAAUCUUUACCAACCUAUCAUAUUUGUGUUCUAUCUUUACUAACCAAUCACAUCUGUGUUCUAUUUUACCAACCAAUCAUAUCUGUGUUCUACCUUCAUUGCUGCAUAGACCAACCAAUCACAUCGUCAUGGGAUGGAUGAAAGUGGGAAGUGGGGCGGGGGUUAUUUUCGAUGCAUUCAUAAAUUCAGGACAGUGAAAGCAACUGAACCUCGGGGCCAAUCAUCAGUUUGUCGUAAAAAGUUCUGGUUUUGUACCUAGUCUGCCCUGUCUUGGACUGUCAUUGUCCUGUCAUUGUCCUGUCUUAGACUGCGCUAGUCGAUGUUUUCUUGCGUUUAAUAACAAACAGUCAUGCGUUCCUGUUUGCCGUCAUGUGUUCCUGCUUCCAAACCCUUGGAUCUAGGCUUUGUCUUGGCCAAGCCCCUCUUCAACCAGGCUUUGUCUUUGCCAAGCCCCUCUUCCAGGGAGCCAUCAGGUCGUGGCGUAGCGCCGGGAUCUUUAGCUUCAGCUGAGCUCCUAGUCUCUCGCGCCACGUAGCGGUCAUGACCUACUAAUAUUCUUAUUACCGGUAGCUCUAUAAAAGAUAAUAUGUUUGUUUCCAUAGUAAAGGUAAUAUUCUUGUUUCCGCUAUAAAGUUCAUAUUCUUGUUAUUUCCAUAAAUAAAACCUUUUGUUGCCAAGAUAAAAGCGGUUCAUCAAAUAUUGAACUUUAACUUUGUCUAUUUAUAACUUGGCGUUUGACAGGGCACAGGGAACACCCAGACAUCCAAGAGCCAGUGAUUUCUAAAGGCGGAGGUCAGAGGUCGCCCACGGAGGAGACAGUGGCAGUUAAAAGGCAGUGCACAGCAACUUGUUUUUUCCAGAAUGACACCUAGUACCUUUCUAGAAUGACCCUGAUGCGACACUCCUAAACCCUGACGCGGCACACCUAGACCCUGAUGCGGCACAUCUAGACCCUGACACGGAAGACAUAGAACCUGACACAGCAAACCUAGAACCUGAUGCGGCACACCUAGAACCUGGCGCGGUAAAACUAGACCCUGACACGGCACACCCCAAUAAAACAUUUUUAAAAC